AUGGCCAUCCUCCUGUACUACACACGACAGAGCCUACUAUCCCUCAGAAGCCAUCUUCCCAAGGGCCUCCUCAGUUGGCACUACCUCGAGAAGUCCCUCAACCGGCAACUUCUCGCCCUUCAACUUCUAAAGGAGCGCCACCUCAAGCAGUCGCCAUGCAAAGAUCAACAGGACCUCCACCUCAAGGGCCGCCCCAAGAGCCUCCUACUCAGCCCCCAGCUCCUCGAGGACAGCCCCAAGGGAACCUCCUCCCACUACGUUCCUGAGAAGGAUCCCUUCAACAACGGCCCAACUUACAGUGAGACCAGCCAUGACCACGGAGAAUCAGACGAGCACCGCCGAGUAGGCAAACCCAUCACCCGCCAUGGCUGGCGACGCUUCCUCCACGGAUGGAUGAUACACAUCCCCGCCAUUAUCUUGACCGCCAUCAUCCUAUGGCUUGCCUCGAGAGAACGCUACUGGUACGGCCUGACAGGCCCCAGCAGGGUCCGCCUGAGCCCCAAAGGCGUCGAGAUUUUUCUUUUGUUUGCCUUCAAGAUCUAUGAGAUCUUUGUCAUUCUUUCACUUUCCUCCAUGGCCAUCAGCAUGUUCCGCCGACGUCUCAUUGGCGGCGGUGUACGUCUGGGCUUUUUCACCGGGGCCUACCGCGUCGGUGACUUUCGCUAUAUCUUCUCCCUGCCCUUUUGGCGCCACGGCCUCUUCAGUCUCUCCUUCUGGGAGAUGAUGCUCGCCCUCUUUGUUCUCUUCGCAACCAUCUUCAGCCUCCUCUUAUUGCCUGCCGCCGGCGCCUUGCUUCUCCCGUCACUCCAGUGGUACAGCAUGAACCACAACAAGGCCUUCGGAGGCGUCAGCGCACCGCUCCUGUAUCAGACGCAGCCCGACCAGGUAUGGCCGACGCUCUUCACCGACGGCGCGCCCUGGAACAACACGCCAGUCUGCGUCGAGGCCGAGGGCAUCUACAACGCCGCCUGUCCCGCCGGCGGGUUCACCACCGUCUGGAACUGGGCCAAGGGCUACUCCACGACCGGCCUGCAGGACACCGUCACCUUCUCCAGCCCCUCGACGAAUCUCAGCCGUCAGCUGAUGAUCACCGAGGUCACCGCCGAUGCUGACACGCGGGAUCCGCCCGUCUUGUCGACCACCCCGUCCCACCACUUCAACAUCAACUUCGGCCUGGUCAAGAACUACAUUGAGAACGGAAACACAAUCACUGAGGACGACUCUCAAUACCGCCUCAGCACCCGACGAGUCAACGCCCAAAACCCGGAAUCGAGCAGCCCAAUCUACCAACCCUUCAUCCAGUCGCUGUGCAACGUUGUCCCCAAGUCAGAUGUCAUCGCCAACAACGGCUCCCUGGUGUAUCCGAUAUCAUCCCUCAACUGCUUCGGCGACGCCACCUGUCUGCAGAUGAAGCGCGCAUCACCGGCCCGCUCCCUCGACGUGUCCGCCUGGGACUCGGAAGAAUGCCACCUCCAGCUCAUCACCACUGACUUCUUCGUCUUCCAGAACGGCACGCCCAUCAUCGAAGUCGCGUGUCAGCUCCCUGACGUCAACGGCGAUUACCGCAAAGACCGUCUCUUUUCGUGCACAAUGCUGGCAACCUGGGUUGCCGCCGACGUCUCGACCGACUCGAGCGAGUGCGGCGGGCUGGUAUCUGACCUGAACGACCCCGAGGCCAUGAUCGAGACCUACCAGAAGACGUCUUUCAGCGGAAACACAGAGGGUUACGUGAUGAAGUUCGACCCCAGCUGGUUCCAGUACCUCUCCCCAGUCUCCUUCGCAUCGUCCGUCGCCUUCAACGGCUCCGACGCGUUGCGGUACUACAACCCGCCAGAGAGUCUCGUGCGCAACUUCGUCGACGCAGAGGUCGCGCAGAACAUCACGAACCCCAGGAUCACCAACAGCACCAUCGACUCCGCGCGCGCCGAGGUGUUCCUGGCCAAGGUUUUCGGCGUGUACCUCACCGACGCCAUCGCGCGUACCGGCUCGAGCAGCACGGCGCUGAUACGCUCGGAGUCGGGUCAGUCGGCGAACCAACUCCCGGUGGUCAACUCCAACGUCCAGUCCAACGUCCAUUUCAGCAUCAAAGGGGGCACUCCCGCGAACGAGACCACCGGGCCGACGGUCGUGAAACACAUUUCGGGCCGCGCCGCGCAAGACGACCUCCUCUCCGAGUCGAUGGGCUUCGACUUUGGCGUCGAGAGGUACGGCUGGGGCACCGGCAAGCCGUCGCGGGCACUGGAGUUUGGGAAAGCUAUCUUAUACAUGUACUUUGCCGUCCUAAUUUUGUACCUGCUGACGGUUAUUGGCGGUCUCAUCUUGGAGCUUUGUGGCCUUUACCCGAACAUGCGCGUGCUGAGCAUCGUUCCCUGGUGGGAUCUGCAGGGCUUGCUCGUCCUCGCGAUGAAGACACCCCUGGCUGAUGGGGACUUGGUGGAUGCCGGAGCGGGAGUCACUUCGUCUCACGUUUGGAGGAAGAGGGUGAGAGCGAUGGCGGACCUUGAGCACAAUGUCCAGUUGGUGUUCAACGACGAUACGGUCAGGGACGAGUUGGACAAGACUGGGAAAGUAAAAUACUUCUAA